CCGCUUUCGGAUUGAGGAGAGAACACUGACGGCUUUCCAGUGGCUGUACUCCCCGUACCAGCAUCAUAUUGUCAGCCGAGCUGAUCUGGCAUCACCAAGCAGGUUGUAAGAAAAAAGCUGAACGCAAUACAAUAGCCACGCAUAAAAUGGUGCCAGGAGAGACCACGCUCGGGUCCUGAUUCUCAGCCACACUCAAACCUCUUUACACUGCUCUGAUAGUGUACAGGGGCCUCAGGAUUGACAAAAAAAUGCUCGCCAGUCUGAAGAUCAAGAAACAGGAGCUGUUAAACAACACAGAUGUGACCAUUCCAGACCGACCUUUAUCCCCUCCACUCACUGCCCCAGCAACCAUGAAGUCUGCAGAGUUCUUUGAAAUGCUGGAAAAAAUGCAGGCACCAAAACCUGAAGACCAGAGAACUGGAAGCCAGAAAAAUAAGGAAGAUUACAUCCCAUACCCCAGCAUUGAUGAGAUUUUAGAGAAAGGAAGCCCUUAUCCCUUGAUCAUUCUGCCCCAGUUUGGAGGGUACUGGAUUGAAGAUCCGGAAAAUCUCAGCACGCCUACCUCAUCGGAUAGCAGCAUCUCUGAAGAGGAAGAGGAAAACCUUAGCCCUAGCACGUAUGGGUAUAAAUUAGAGUGCAAAGGUGAAGCCAGGGCAUACAGAAAACAUUUUCUAGGGAAGGAUCAUUUAAAUUUUUAUUGUACAGCCAGCAGCCUAGGAAAUCUGAUCCUUUCUAUUAAGUGUGAAGAGGCAGAUGGUACUGAAUAUUUACGGAUUAUACUCAGGUCCAAACUGAAAACAUUACAUGAAAGAAUCCCCCUGGCAGGACUUAGCAAGUUUCCUAGUAUCCCACAGAUUGCAAAGGCUUUCUGUGACGAUGCCUCCGGACUGAAAUUUAACCCAGUCCUGUACCCCAAGGCAUCCCAGAUGAUAGUGUCUUAUGAUGAGCAUGAGGUUAAUAACACAUUUAAAUUUGGUGUGAUUUAUCAAAAGUUUAAACAGACUUUAGAGGAAGAAUUGUUUGGGAAUAACGAAGAGAGCCCUGCUUUCAAGAACUUCUUGAGUUUGCUAGGGGAAACCAUAACUCUCCAGGAUUUCAAAGGUUUCCGAGGGGGUCUGGAUGUAAUGCACGGUCAGACUGGUACCGAGUCUGUGUACACGGUGUUCAGGGACAGAGAGAUUAUGUUUCAUGUCUCCACAAAGUUGCCUUUUACUGAAGGAGAUGCGCAGCAGCUCCAGAGAAAGAGACACAUUGGUAAUGACAUAGUGGCAAUUAUAUUUCAAGAAGAAAACACUCCAUUUGUCCCAGACAUGAUUGCCUCAAAUUUCCUGCAUGCAUACAUUGUUGUGCAAGUGGAGAGCCCUGAGACAGACAAUGAAUCUUACAAGGUGUCGGUCACUGCCCGGGAAGAUGUCCCUUCGUUUGGUCCUUCUCUGCCAAGCCCACCAGUAUUUCAAAAAAACACAGAGUUCAGGGAGUUCCUGCUUACCAAACUCAUCAAUGCUGAAAACGCUUGCUGCAAAUCUGACAAGUUUGCAAAGCUGGAGGACCGGACGCGAGCUGCAUUGCUGGACAAUCUCCAUGAUGAGCUCCAUACACACACACAGGCAAUGCUAGGGCUGGGGCCGGAGGAAGAUAAGCUGGAGAAUGGAGGUCAUGGAGGUUUCUUGGAAUCAUUUAAGAGAGCCAUUCGAGUCCGCAGCCAUUCAAUGGAAACCAUGGUGGGGAGUCAGAAGAAACAUCACAGUGGAGGGAUCCCAGGGAGCCUGAGUGGAGGAAUCACCCACAACAGUGGGGAAAUAACAAAGACCACCUUCUCGCCUCCCGUAGCCGCAGCAACAGCCAAGAACCAGUCAAGGAGCCCUAUUAAGCGACGGUCGGGGUUGUUCCCCCGCCUGCACACUGGAUCAGAAAGCCAGUCAGAAAGCAGGACGAGAUGUGACAGUGUCUCAGGAACACAGAAGACACCAGACGGGGGACAUUCUUCUCAAGACAUGAAAUCAGAAACCUCAUCUAACCCCAGCUCUCCUGAAAUAUGCCCCAACAAAGAAAGGCCAUUUAUUAAAUUGAAAGAGAAUGGAAGAUCAAACAUCUCACGCUCUUCAUCAAGUACCAGCAGCUUCGGCAGCACGGCAGGGGAGAGCGAAACCUUGGAAGAAUACGACAGCGUGGGCAGCCAGCCAUCCACAGCCUCGCCUUUCAAACAGGACGUGUUUGUCUACGGCUCUUCUCCCAGCAACGAGAAUCCGAGCAUGGCAGCUGCUGCUACACCGGUAAUCAUGAGCAGGAGUCCCACAGAUCUAAAGAGCAGAAACUCUCCAAGGUCCAAUCUAAAGUUUCGCUUUGAUAAGCUUAGCCAUGCCAGUUCCAGCACGAGUCACUAGCAGGCAACAGACAACAUGAACUUGUAAAAGUUUAUUUCUGUUAUAACAAAGGGAAAAAUUCUUCUCUUCCACCAUCAAAUGGGAAACCGUAUUAGCUACACUAAUAGCAACUGCCACGCUGCAUUGUGAGAUCUUCAGCUGUACCUUUCAGUAAGUCGAGAAGAAACUGCCCUCUCGCAGUCAUUUCUGUGUUCUAACAAGAACCCGUCUUUUCAGAAUGGUAAGCAAGUUGCUCGACUCCCAUUUUGUCUGACAAAACCCAUCCUUGCACUGCAGCAGGAGAGGCAUUUUCUACCAUGUACUUGAAGUAACUUCACCCUCUCGCUUGGUACUCUGAAAUGUGUUAGCCUCGUGUGCGCCUUGUAUGUACUGUAGCUAUUUGUCCUAAGAUGAGUGUUGUUCAUCUUGUAUAGCUUUCACUGGAAAAAGACAAUUCAAUAACAAAUCCUGUUUCCCAUAGGCUCUUUCAUAUUGCAACUCUGUGUCUAUCAAUUUGAGCUAGCAUAUGAUUUUCCUUGUCCUUGGAAGCAGGACAGACAUUCUCUGUCAUUUCAGGAUGUCUCUGUGCUUUAGUGACCUAAUGAAAAACAGCUUGCCAGUUUGUUUGUUUUUUAAGGGUGGGGGGAGCUUGUCAGGAGACAUGUACAAGGUCUUUCAACUAUAUUUAUUUGACUCUCAGCUUGGACAAGAAGGAUUAUUUCCUCCUCCUCCUCCCUUUGCUGUGAUUCAUUAGGGGAUUUUGGAGGAAAUCAAGGGCAAAAUUCUGUGCUGCUGUAAAUCAGUAGAUCUUUGAUUUCAGAGAGGGACUGUGGUCGAGUGGAUGUGGCCCCGUGCGUGAACUUGAGCAGUAACUUCUGUGGGCCCCUGUUCCCUUCCUCCUUGUUAGGGUCUCAGAUGAUGGGUCUGUUCAGUGCCAGGCACACUAGGACCUCCAGGCACUCCCACACUAGAAAUAAUAGUAAUGGAGGCUCUGCCAUUUUACAGUAGAGAAUUUGGCCCUCACUCUUUAUGGGCUGGAGAAUAGCCACUUGGCUGGAAUCUAUCCCCAGCAAGCAAAUUACAAGCUGUUAAGAAGCGGACUUCUGUUGUUUGUGUAAACUCGCUUGGCAGAACUGUGUAACCCACCUACUCAGAGGAAGUUCAUCCCCUUUGCUGUGUAAUGGAUUAGACACAUGCUGCGGGGAGCGGCUGUGCAAAGUCAAAAUAGGGCUGGAAAGAAGGGAACCUCCCUUGCCCCCCUGUGAGUAGAGAGUGAUGAAUAAGCAAACUCCAUCCACUCAGAACCACAAAACAACUCUCCAGCCAGUGUUCUACAUGGCCCUGCGGUAAGGCUGAUUUCUGCAAACAGGGCUGGUACUUGAGCAAGGUUCUCCUUUGCUUCGGCCGUAUUUUUAUGGGUGCCGUGAUAGUAUACAAGAGCCUGCAGAAUGACCAACACAACGCUCUUGGGAGACAGCACCAAAAAUUCUGCACGUCACCCAAUUAGCUAAGGAAGUUUGCCAUUAGAAAAGGGACAAACAAAAUUGGAGAACAGUUUUUUCAGCUGUAUAAAUAUGCAACAGAUACAGUCUUGUGAGAAAAGAGUCAGGCCCUCUAUUUUUCCUUCCACUUUAUGGAAAGUGAUUUCACUUCCCUCACAUAGCGGCAGUAGUACACGGCCUUGUUAAGGAACAGCACUUAGUUCACCUGCCAGCUUUCAAGACUCAGUUGCCAUAGAGAAACUGCCAGGACCUGAGGGUUCCCACAGAACCAAAUAUACACGUUUAAUCAAACACUAGGGGUCGAAACGCAUGGCCAUUGCCCUGUACCUUAAGUGUACAAUGGCAUUAUGUUGGUUGGCUACUUUGCACUGUGCGACUCCUGCAAGGCAAGGGAGAGUCAGUCAGUCAGAGCCCAGCUGUUUGUUUAAACAUCUCCAAUAGUACCAAUUACAUAAAAUGAAAGCGCCUCUUCUUUAAUCAGCAGCUGAACUGCAGCGAGAGGGGAAGUGUUUUUUAUAACUUAAACACCUUUUCCCCUGCCCCAGAUGGAGUGACUUCAGCUACAACUGGGGAGCGGGGAUUCUGACGACUAAGUAGACCUCAAAAGCACCCACUGAAUUUUGUGGGCCAGAGCUUCAGGUUGGACCCCACAUAUCAAAAUUUAAUUUCAUGUGACUGACUUAAUAUUUGUUCAGUACCUGACUUGUUCCUCCAAAAAUGGGGGAAAAGACAGUGUAAUUUCUAUUGCAAAGAGUUGCUUAAAGCUUCUUUUAUGGGAAAAUAAUUUACUAUCAUUUCAUAUUUUGUAUGGAAAUACUGGUGGAGCUAAAUGCACUUUGUGGUCCUUUCCCCCGCCUGUGCAUGACAGCUUGUACGUCAUUUCUGGUGGUGGGUACAAGUAACUACUUUGAUUUUGAUAUCAGGAACUCUAAAUACCUCUAUCGAUUUCCAUAAAAUGUAGCCAGCUUCUUUUUUUUUUUUUUUUGUUCUUAUGGAGGCCCCACCCAAAGCCUACUCAAGUUAAAGGGAGUCUUUCCACUCGAGGGCUCAGGGAUGAGGCCCAUUCUGUUAGCACGCUAAAAAGAAUGUUGUCAUUUUGCACAGUGCGAAAAGCAUUUUUUUCCCUUAAAUUAAUCCAGUUGAUUUACUAACGAACACUGCCUCAUUAAAUGAAGGGCUUCACUUCAUUUAAAUGUUCAUACUUUGGUGCCAGAGGUUGGAGCAUCCACUUUUACAUUUGAGGCUCUGAAGUGUCCCAAAUGGGUCUCUGGUGUCUAAUUUGUGGAUGUAAGUGCAGAAUUAGGCACCUCUCCAAUCACAAUCAUAAUGUGACAGAGGAAAGUUUAAAAUACAUGUGGGCAUAACACAUUGAGGAGCCAUAUUUUCAAGCAGCCCACAGCAGGGGGAGUGCUUCUCACACGCAAAUCCCCCUCAGCUGGUACACUUCAGUGUAGUUCCUUUGACAUUAAUCAAACUAUACUGGCUCUACAACCUUGAAGGAUCUAACCCCAUGCUGGCAAAGUGCUCUGGUAACUUAGACACAAGCUUGCCUGACCUUUGGAAAGAGUCUGUGUUUGCCUCAACCAAAAUUUCACAGUAUGUAGAACCAAAUGUUCAUUUUCAGUCAGUAGCACAUUGCAUAUUGGUUUAAUAAAACAGAUACUUACAGGUGCUGCUGGUGCCUACAUGUAGUUUGCCAAUUUAAAAUAAAACUAAUUGCCAUAUAAGAGCUGGUAACUAUAACAGCAGAGGAAGUAAAGGGCACUAGACAAAUUGUAUUGAUUAUUUUCUCUGAGAACAGAGAGAGUGUUUUUCUUUAAAAGUACAGCUCUCUGCAGAAUGAAAUACUAGUAGCAACGAACCAAAAUUCAGAAUAUUUUCUCCUUUAAUUUCUCUGAAUAGAAUUUAAAUAUUAAAAAUGAGUAUUUUGUUUAAAUAAUGAAAAAGCACUGUCUCUUAAGUCCUGUUUUGCAGCAGUAUGUAUAGAUAAGUACAGCUGUCUCAGGUUCAAAACAUCUUAAAAAGGUCAGAGCUCAUGUGUGUACAUAUUUUCUCCACUCUUUCCCUUAGAUAUUGUUUGAUCAAUUUCCUUAAGCCAUAUACCAAAAUGUCACCUGGUAGCUUUUUUUUUUUCAAACUUUUGCUUUGAGGUUUUUUUGGUAUUUCAACAGGCUGCUUUGAUUCUACACAAGCCAUCUUUAGCUUCAGCGUUGAUCUCUGUAAGAUCUUUCAGCACAAGACAUGAUGUCUUGGGGUAUUUCAUUAGCUACUGUGACUUUCCGUAAAAGUUGUUUGAAGGCGAUUCAAAGCCAUGCAGAUGGGAAAGUUUUUUAAAAUAAGUGAGAGAAAUACAGUGAAGUGGACCCAUCUUCACAAUACCAAUCCCACAGAAUUUCAGAGGAGAUGGAGAAUUAAGGUCGUCAGGUAAAGUUUUCAAAAGUACCCAAACAUGUCAGGAGUUUAAGCCUGAUGAGUCUUAGAUACUUUUUCCCCCCUCAUCACUUGUGAUCAUUAAAGAUCCUGUGGAGCAUUUUACAAGAGUAGGGGUUUUAAUGCUGCUGUCCUAGCCACAUUUCAAUACAAUUACUUUCUGUCUACUUCCUUUAAAGUUUUAAGUGGGAACGGCCUUCUUCUUCACUUCCUGUCCGAAACUGCCGUGCUGCACCUCGGAGGCAGCUACACAGCAGUAUAUAUUGCAAAGUGUUUUGGGACAAGAACUACACACGACAUUAGAGGAAACCCUCAGUAGUUCUAGUUAAUACAUUAAAUUCUAAGCCCAUGCCAUUUUUCAGUUGGAGUGAAAAAUGGGAUUCAGAAAGCAGAAACAAGAUAUUUUUGUCAUUCUUCACACAGUCAACAAAAACCAGGCAUUUCUAUGGGACAUAAACUCCAAGUGCAGAUAGGAGGACAGUGUUCUGGUGUCUGUCUUACCACCUUGCACUGAUUUUACUGUAUUAACAUGGGUACUAUGGAAGUGCAAACACUGUAUAUUUAUUUAAUUUCCAAAUAAGACAUUCAGGGCCAGAUCCUCAGCUCGUGUACAUCAGCAUAGCGCCACUGACUUCAAUGAAGGCCUGCUCUGCAAGUUGGGAAUAAUUUUAUUUUAUGCUUUAACUUUUCCACCAUUUAUUUGAGCACUAAGGGGAAGGAGUUCUUGUCUCCAAUCUGCAGCACAUACUGCACUUGUUACCUGCCUAGAACUUCCCCAGCGGGUCGGCCUGGAGACUCUAGCCAGAGAAGAAGAGGGGGAUUUUCAAAAGCUCCUAAGGGAGUUAGCAGCACGAGUCAAAUUGAAAGUCUGUGGGGCUUGUGCUCCUAAAUUGUUGAGCCUCUGAAACCCCCCACCCCAAAUAUGUAACAUGCAAUCAAUCCCACAUUGCAGACAGGUAUUCAGUCCUACCUCUCAAUAUGCCGCUGUUUCAGUAGCAGAAAGGGGAUUGGUUUGCAACUGUGUACACAAACUUACCUGUACGUAAGUGCUUUCCUGCAUAAGCCUCACUGAAAUCCACAAAAAGCAUGGACCAUAAAGUGCUUUGUUAAAUAUGUGCUUAAGUACAUCCCUGUUCAACUGCUUUUCUGCACUAGGGCUUUGGUUAAUGUAGAGAGGAAGGGCCAAACAGCUAGCUGGUGUAAAUGGACACAUUAACGCCAGCUGAGGAUCUGUGCCAAAGAUUUUUCAGCUGAUUGUGAGAGGUACUUAGCACAGACAACUGCCACUGAAGUCAAUGGACAUUGUGGGGGCUCAGCACCUCUGCAGAUCAGAUCCUUUGAUUGAUGUGGCUUAAGUUCAAAAUUCUGUUUCAUUUCUAAAUAGUUAACAUUUUUUUGUUUUUUUUCCUCCAAAUCUUAAAGCAUGCUUUUAAUUUUUUUUGGUCAUGAAUGUAGUACUGUAUAAAAUCCUGCAAAGGAUUUUCUAAACAAUAGAAUGUGAUGAGAGGUAACAGUGUAGAAAAAAAAACUUAAUGAAAUGUAUCUGACAAAAAACUAUUUUUUUGUAGAGAGGUGAUGCUUUGUAGAGUUUCUGGUAACCUAUGUUUGUGUAAAUAAUGUACAUUUAAUUUAUUGCUAUGGUAGCAUAUUGUAUUUGUUAUGUAUAAAAACUAAUUCUAAAGGUUUAAAAAUGUAUAUUUUGUUGCUUAAUCGUGUCUUUGCAAAGUUCACAAUAAAAAACAUAUUUUGUGCCUGUAAGCGUACCAGGAUUUCUGUGCA